AUGUCUUCCUACGGCUUCUCCAGACAGUCCUACAGCGGCGGCAGCAGCAGAACCGGGGGCCGCCAGUAUUCCCACAGUGUGACAGGAGGUAGUGGCCUGAGGAUGUCCACAGCCUCUCUCAACUACAGCUCUGGUGGUGGUGGUGGUGGUGGAUAUGGCAUGGGUGGAGGUUAUGGUGGAGGAGCUAGCUUUGGAGCUGGCUUUGGAGGUGGGUUCGGUGGUGGUGACGAAGCUUCAAUCAGCACCAAUGAGAAAGCCACCAUGCAGAACCUGAACGACCGUCUGGCCACCUACCUGGAUAAAGUACGGAAGCUGGAGAGUGCCAAUGCUGACCUUGAGCUCAAGAUCCGUCAGUACUUGGAGGGGAAAGCCUCUCCCACUGCAAGAGACUACUCCGCAUUCUAUGCCACCAUUGCAGAUUUGCAGGGAAAGAUCCAGAAUGCUACUUGUCUCAACGGAGGCAUCUAUCUGUCCAUUGAUAACGCAAAGCUGGCAGCAGACGACUUCAGAACUAAAUAUGAAAAUGAGCUUGCCAUGCGCCAGUCAGUGGAGGCAGACAUCGCAGGCCUGAAGAGGAUGCUGGAUGAACUGACCUUGGCCAGAUCUGAUCUUGAAAUGCAGAUUGAGGGUCUCAAGGAGGAGCUGAUCUUCCUCAAGAAAAACCAUGAGGAGGAAAUGGCCGCCAUGAAGGGUCAGCUAGGUGGACAGGUGAAUGUGGAGGUGGAUGCUAAGCCUGGAGUUGACCUCAAUGCUGUCAUGGCUGAAAUGCGUGAACAGUACGAAGCCAUGGCUGCCAAAAACCAGAGAGAACUUGAAGCAUGGUUCCAGGCAAAAACAGAAGAACUAAACAAAGAAGUAGUAUCAAGCCAAGAAGUUUUAGUUACGUCAAAGUCAGAAAUCUCCGAGCUCCGUCGCACUCUUCAAAGCCUGGAGAUAGAGCUUCAGUCACAACUCAGCAUGAAAUCCGCUCUCGAGGGAACAUUAGCAGAGACAGAGGGCCGGUAUUCCAUGAAGCUCCAGAAUAUGCAGAUGCAGGUGACAAAUCUGGAAGCACAGCUCACAGGACUGCGUGCAGACAUCGAUCGCCAGACCCAGGAGUACAACAUGCUGCUGGACAUCAAGACCAGGCUGGAGAUGGAGAUCGCAGAGUACAGGAGGCUGCUGGACGGAGAGGCGGGCAGCUCCUCCUCCUCCUCCUCCUCCUCAAGGACAACCACCAGAAUCGUUGUGGUUACAGAAGAGGACGGCAAAGUGGUGUCCUCAAGCACACGCACCACAUAA